AUGUCUUUCGGCUCCCCCGGAACUUUGGCGAGCGACUGGGAAAGUCGAAAGGCAUUCGUCCAGGCACCAUGGCAAGCGCCACCAGAGGUGAUCAUCGAGGACAGAGAAGUUGCAGUUGACAGCCAUAAUAACAUCUUAAUGGGAGACUCAAGGGAAAGACUCGUGAUUGUGUACACCGACGGGAUCGGAAUCGAGGGAAGGAUUGGAGCGGCGGCAAUCGUCGAUCUCGACGAUCAACAUGCUCACAGCCAGAUGGGCAACGAUGAUAUGUCUACCGUGUACGCGGCGGAGCUCCACGCAAUCGAGAUGGCGCUCGCACUGGUUCUUGAAAGUACGGAGCCGUGGGCAGAACAAGCAAAGAACGGGCUAGUCAUCUUUGCAGACAGCCAAGCGGCGCUGAAGGCGCUCCGCCGACCGAAGAUGCCAUCCGGACAAGUCUACCUGGAAGGUUGCCUUAAUCUGAUUCGGCGGCUUGCGGCCAGAGGCAUUCGGGCAGAACUCAGGUGGAUCACUGCCCACCAAGGAGUGAUCGGUAACGAGAUUGUGGACAAGCACGCCAAAGAGGAAGCCCGGGAACCAGAAGGACCACAGAACCCUGACAACAGGCAUAUCCGUCUCGCAGCCGCAGUCAAGCGCCGGGUUCGCUAUGAGGCGAAGAUUGAGUGGGAGAGGCGUGGGCGAAGGAAACGACCAUCCCACCGACGAGACGCUUGA